AUGUCGCCACUCCUGCUCGCCUUUCUGUUUGCAGCCGUCGCCAGCCUCGCCCAUCUCCAGCUGCCGACCUUCUUCUGCACCCUCGCCGACGGCUGUCACCCUGUGCGGACGAGCGUCGUAGCUGACGUCCUCGACAUCCAUUAUGCGGCUGCUGGCGUGACGACGGCCAAUGAAUCGCUGACUCUGCGGCUUCUCGGCCGCGACAACCACACGCUCAGCCCGCGCGUGUAUCUUCUGGCCGAGGCAGGAAGUCGGUACCAGCUCGUGCAGCUCGCACACCAGGAGUUGACCUUUGACGUCGACGUCUCGCACGUCGGCUGUGGCGUCAACGGCGCGCUCUAUCUCGUCGAGAUGGAUGCCGCCGGUGGCCCGCUGGCCGACGCCUCGCAUGGCACCGGCUACUGCGACGCCCAGUGUCCCGACUCGAUGUCAGCUAGCCCUGCCGGCUCCAGUGGCUUUGUCGGCACAUGCUGCAACGAGCUGGACGUCUGGGAGGCCAAUCGUGACGCCACGGCACUCACUUCGCACGCCUGUCGUCAAAGAGGCCCCUUUUCUUGCGUUGAUGACCAGUGUGGCAACAACAAUAGCAGCAGCAACAGCAGCAACAGCAGCAGUCCCUGCGACAGAAACGGCUGCGGCAUCAACCCCUUUCGUGCUGUCGACCCUUUUUUCUACCGGCCUGGAGGCUCCGUCGACACGCGUCGGCCCUUUACCGUCGUCACUCGCUUUGUCUCAGAGGACAACAGCACCACUGGCGAUCUCGUCCAGAUCCGUCGUCUGUACAUCCAGGAUGGCCGUCUCAUCGCGGCCAGGUCGCCUGGCAUCCCCCCCCUCACCGAUGAUGUCUGCUCCGACAGUGCCGAUCGCUACGGCGGUCUCCGUGCCAUCGGAAAAGCGCUUGCCCGUGGCAUGGUCGUCGUCUUUAGCAUCUGGGAUGCUCCCGCCGAUUCUAUGGCCUGGUUGGACAGCGGCAGCGCCGGGCCCUGUGUCUCGUCGGCCGGCAGCCCCAACAUCAUCACCGCUAGCGACCCUGACGCUGCCGUGUCCUUCUCCAACAUCCGCUGGGGCGACAUCGGUGCCACUGUUCUGAUCUCUCCCAAUGGUUCUGUCGUGCAGAACCGAAAGGUCGCAUCGUUGUCGUCGUCUUCGUCGUCGUCGUCUUCUUCUUCAUCUUCACCCGCUCCAUCCUCUCCAUCCAUUCCAUCUUCCACCUCGUCUGCUCCCAAACCCAUCGUCCUGUCAUCCAUAGCCGCCACCUUUGCCCUCAUUUUGGGCUACCUAUUCACUUUGCCAUAA